AUGAAAUUUAUGCAAAAUAUACCACUGUUAUUACUGCUGUCCUGCUGCAGCUGUUUGGCGGAUGGGCAGCAGCAACCGAACCAACAAUCAGUGCAACCGGAACAAUCCCAUUCUGUGGCGGGCGGUGAAAAUGCCAGCAAAAACGUGGCUGGUGUCGUGGACAAAUCGCAGAACAAAAGAGGCGCACCGGACAUACCGGUGGUCGUAGGUACGCCAGCGCAGCAUACGGCUUACAUAAAUCAUCACGUUGCCGGAGCAACCGUCGUAUCUGCGCCCAUUGCUGGCCACGCUUCACACGCCGCCCUCAGCGCUGUACCGUUCGGGUAUGGGCAUGCGGUAACCAGCGCCGGACACCUCCUGCAGACACCCAGCGUAACGACAGGACACCAGCACGUGAUACACAAGUUGAAUUACGUAGCGACCGCAUCGUUCAAGUUGGCAACCGUUACCGAGGGUUCCCAUCUGCAUCUACAGCCCGUUAGUUCCGUUGUGACGAAGUACAACUAUGCCGUACCACAGGUAGCGUACGCACAUUACCCUCAGUACCAGGUGUACCACCAGGCUAACCCCGGUGCAGUUCAACCGUCCGCAAUCUAUGCAACGCAUCAGCUCCACGAACAUCCGGUCGCUACGGCGGCCGUCCAUGAGAUUGCUCAUCAACACCAGCAGCAACAGCAGCAGCAGCAGCAUACGGCGUACGCUCAUCAGCAGCCCAUUUACGCACACCAUCCGGCAGCCAUCCAUUACUCCGUGCCGGCGUCGCUCGUUCAUGCUGGUCAGCACAAUUAUCAACAGCAGCAGCAACAACAGCUUCCCCUGAGUCACACACAGGCCAUCCACUACCAGGCGAACCAGGCCGGGGCACAGCCGGCAGUUCCGAUCGUUCAUCAGGCCCCGAUUGCCACCAUCAAUCAGGUACACCAGGCGCAGCAGGUCUACGCCACCCAAGGCCAGUUGACGAAGUAUCCACUCGCAGCACAGCCAUACUACGGUACGGGCGGGCUACAGCAGAAUCAGAUCUACUCGACGGUUCCCAGCUACGGUGACCCGGACACGCUAACAAACCUCGUUAAUCCUUCCACUCCCCGGUUCCUUACUACCUCCCUGCGUCCUUCCACUAGACCCAUUCCCGGUGACAUUCGGCCGAUCACUGAGUAUGAGGACGACGACGGCGACGGCAGUGACGGCGACAACGGCGAGGACGGUAUGCUGUACCGGGACGAACCCACGGUGGCUAGCGACCGAACACCGGACCGGGAUGAACCGUGCGAGAAGGAUAGCAAGAAAUCGGGACAACCAAGCGCAUUUAACCGGAAUCUCUACAACAUGUGGCGUGCGUACGACGUGGCACGGGCCCUGUUGAAAGCAUCCGGUGCUAGUGGAGCACCGGCUAAACCACGGUCCAAACCCGGCACCAACGGCAAUACGGACCGCAUACAGCUGAUUCAUCCGCCGGGUGAAUCGGACAAGAGGCUUAAGGGCAAGUACUACGAGGGCAAGUACUACGGCUAUUAUCGGUAUGGCCGCCAGGAUACUACCGGCGAUGGCAACCGUACACCAAAGUCCGUACAACCAACGUCCUCGUCGUCACCGUCGUCGUCCUCAUCGUCCGGCAGUGAGAACCACUCGCACAGAAGGAAUCUGGACUAA